AUGUCUACACCUAAAAUUAUUCGAUUCAAGUUAACAAACGGGGAUACAUUUGGCAUUUUUCUCGACAAUUUAAACAAAUAUCCUGACACAUUUUUGUCAAAAUUAGUCACAAACGAAGGCAUUUUUCAUUCAAGAACAGACUUCGAUGGAGAUUGUUUUGUUUUGGAUGAACAUUCUCAGAUAUUUGAUUCUAUUCUACAAUUUUAUCGAUACGGUAUUCUUGAGCUACCAGAUCGAUUUGAUUCUGUGAAACAAGAUAUUAUUGAUAAAUACUUGUUACCGGUUGAACUUGUUAGUAAUCAGUUAUCAUCAGAAAAAAUUCCAUUUUACAUCACUGUACAUGAUUGUCAAAUAUUUGGAAAAGAGUCGGGCGUGUUAACUACAACUGGACCGCCCGUAAACACCAUUUCAGAAUUAAUGGAAUGCCCAUUUUCGAUUAUGUCUGAUGUUUAUAUUAAAACUCAUUACAUGAAUGUUGUAAAUUAUUUGAGUACAAAAGGCUAUAUAGUGGAACUAUGGAGUGGACAUGAGCAUGCCACCGUCAUGAUGAAAAAAAUGAAGUAG